AUGGCUACCGCUAGAGCCGUGGUGCCCCUAGGCGGGUACCAACUCGGUCACCACAACAGCUUCACAUCCAUCCGCAGCUCAAAAUCAAGCGUAAACGCCGCCGUCGUCGAGGUGAUUAAGCCUGUCGCCACCGGCAGCGGAGUCUCUUGCUCCAUUCUCCUUGCCGAACCCAACCUCUUCCUUUCUGGCUUUGACCACAACGGCCAUGAGCGCCGAACAGACCGCGCCGGCACUGCCCUCCUGAGAGGCAAGAUGCAACUGACAAUCAGCAAGAACGUCAAGGUCAAGGCUGUCCAGCUGAAGCUGGUUGGCCGCGCACGCACAGAGUGGCCUGAGGGUAUCCCGCCGCUCAAGCAAGACCUGUUUGAAGAGGAAAGCCUGCGAACCCAGGUCCUAACCUUUUUCAACGCCCUCAACGAUGGAUGGGAGAGUGAAUACGGUAACCAGUGCACUUACAAGCUCAAAGGUGGCUCCGCAAACUCCAGUAGCACCGGUCUUAACACUUCGCCUGGCGUCUCACCUGCGGCGUCAAUGCGAAAUAAUCUGACGGCCAAGGAACUCAAGCGACUCUCUCUUCAGAACGUCCAGUCUCGCAGCUUUGGCAAGGGCGAGUCCGGAGUGGUGACCCAAACCCAGGCCAAGGGAUUCAAGGUCUUCUAUCCCGGCGUCUACGAUUAUUCCUUUGAGCUUCCCAUCGAUCACCACCAGCUUGAGACCACCAAGCUGCAGUACGCUUCCGUCAAGUGGGAGCUUCACGCCACCAUUGACCGUGCAGGUGCUUUCAAGCCCAACCUGCACGGUGUCAAAGAAGUCCCCAUCAUCCGACUGCCCGACCAGAUGUCGCUCGAGAUGUCUGAGCCUAUUUCCAUCAGCCGCCAGUGGGAAGACCAACUACACUACGACAUUAUGGUUUCGGGAAAGAGCUUUCCCAUCGGAGCCAAGAUCCCCAUUGCGUUCAAGCUUACUCCCUUGGCCAAGGUCCAAGUCCACAAGCUCAAGGUCUACAUCACCGAGUCGGUCGAGUACUGGACCAGCGACAAGCGUGUCACGAGAAAGGACCCCGGCCGAAAGAUUCUGCUGCUCGAGAAGACGGCAGGAAAGGAGCUCGCCCCAGAGUGGGCCACCUCCGAAGUUGUGACCCUUCGCGGCGGUGAGCUCACAGAAGAGCAGCGUCGCGUUGCUCGUGAAACCGCCUCAAGAAGGCGAGCCCACGAUGCCUUGAAGCAGCGUCGGGCUCCGGAGCCACUUCCGGCACCGGUGGAUAAUCUCCUCGGCGACUUGGACCUGGGCCUCGAGAGCAUGUGGGGGUCCACCGAGAUUGAAGCAAGCGUCCAGAUUCCGACCUGCGAAAUGAUGGCCAAGAACAAGUCCCUCAGACUACACCCCGAUUGCAGUUGGAAGAAUGUCAACGUCUUCCACUGGAUCAAGGUUGUUAUGCGAAUCAGCCGUCUGGAUCACGAUGAUGCUUCAGGCACCAAGCGCCGCCAUUUCGAGAUUAGCAUUGACUCUCCUCUCACCAUCCUCAACUGCCGCGCUACCAGGGCAAACACAUCUCUGCCCGCCUAUACCGGUGAGAUGAACCGACCGUCUCCGUAUCAAUCGGCUUGCGGUUGCCCCGAUUCGGCAACAAUUGCCAUGGAGACUUCUCCCAGCUCCUCGACCGGCACUUUGCCAGACCCCGAGGCACUUGCCGAUAGCAUGCCUGCCCCGCCCCAAGCUGUUCAUCUUCAGUCUGGAGCUCCCUCGGCAGGCCAAACAGCAACUGGUCGAUCGAGUCCGACAACCUGGUCGCCCGAAGGACAAGGCCGGCCUAUUCAUUUGCUACGAGCACCCAGUUUCAACCCUCCCGCUUUUGACGACGACACGGCGCCGCCUCCGGCCAGCACCAUUGUCGUUGACGGCACUCCUGCCGAUAUCCCUCCGAUCAUGACCCCGCCUCCGCAGUAUGAUGCCGUCGUCGGCACGCCUAGCGUUGAUGGCCUUGCCGAUUACUUUACCCGGUUGGCUGAGUACGGACUUGGUGAUGAUCAUGAGGGCUCCGGAUCAGAUGGCGACGAGUCGCCUGCUCGAAUCUUGGACCGAAAUGGCCGCGUCAACGUGGCUCACCCCCGAACUCCCGGCGGCAGAAGAAUGCCCAGCCGAAGCAUGGAAAUAUCCAGACCACCCAUCGACCUCAACAUCAAUGCUUUACUUUCACGUUCCAACUACGCACGCGAAGAAGCGCAAGUAUAA